GUCGUCGAGGAAACGUCAGUUUUCAGCAGCGCUUUAUGUUUCGCGACGACAAACGCAACUUAGCUUUGAUUUGAACUUUGACAAAGUGUAGAACCCACCACUGGUUGUCAGUGUGUAGUGUCCCAGAGGACAUUUUGUCCCGUGUGCUUCAUGGGAUGUGCUUUACUCGUUGUCCAUCCACUGACUUCACACGUAUCGCUGCUGCCUGUCUGUACUGAAUGAAUGAGCUUCUUCUGCGCAUGCGCCGGGGAUCUGAAAGUUUAUAAACAAGAGGGAGUCACAUGACGACACAUUGUGAAAUCGAUCAACACGCUGUCAUCGUGUUUACACCUUUUCAAACCGACUACUUCACGGUGACGUUUACCCACAGUUCAUAUCGGAUGAACGCAUUGAGCUGAUGAACGCAAAGGGUCUUUGUGAAUGUGUCUAAACUUAGAUGGCAGCCCGCCCACAGCGACCCCUGUGUCCCCCCAUCACCCCAACCAUAUACAGCUCUCCCAGGAUCAUGUUCCCCCUCCUGUGUGUGUGUGGAAACUAUGUUUCAGUGACAUCAUGGUGUGGGAGGUGGUGACCCCAGCUGUGCUGAGCGACCCCAAAGACCAGAAGGUCCAGGAGCUUGAGCUUCAGGCUGAACACACAGUAGUGAUGACGGAUGUAGAUGGAGACCAGUCACAUGACCUGCUCCGCUGUGACGAACACUUCCCCUCCUCCCCUGGCUGCCCCACCAGUGACAGCUACAUGGAAUAUGAUGACCUUCCAGAUUUACAGGAGGUUCGGGAGGAGGAGGAGCCGACAGCGCCACCUGUUUACCAGGUGGAGGUGGGUGUGUCCCACCAGCAGGUGCAUGCAUACGCAGCGACACACAGCCCUCAGCCUCCUGACACACGCUGGCUCACGCAGCUGGCUCACAUCGCCACCGGGCCUCAGAGCCCUCUGCUGCAGGAGUCUCCUCACAGCAGCUCCUCUCUGGUCUGCAUCUCUAGGAUCAGCAGUGAUCUACAUUCCUACGCACGGCCUCCUCCACCUCCUCUCCCCAGCAGCUCCCUGUCGCCCCCUCGAGGUCAUGGGAGGGAGCGUCGACACAGCAGGACGAGCAGUGAAUGUGGCUCUGCUGUGUCAACCAGAUCCUCUCUCUCUGAUGAUGAAGACAUGGGCUGGAGCUUCUCCUGGCCCCCCACUGCCUGGCACUGUUUUCUCAAAGGCACUCAUCUGCGUUUCCACAGUGGCUGUAACGUGGAGUGGCAGGAAGUGGAGGAGUUGGAUUCUGCUGAGGAAGACUCUUACAAUGAGGAGCAGUCCAGAUCUCUGAAGAGUUACGGCUCUGAGGGUCUGCAGCUGGUGGAGCGCUCAGAGACCGUGUUGUCUGGUCACGCUGUCCUACAGCUGACCUUUGACCCCGGUGCAUUUGGACACGUCCCUAUGACCGCCAGGUGCCAACUCGACCACCCCUUCUAUGUGAAAAACAAAGGAUGGUCAUCCUUCUACCCAAGCUUGACUGUGGUGCAUUAUGGGAUACCAUGCUAUGAAAUGGAGAUAGGAGACAUUUGCCUGCCUCCAGGACACAGAGACGCCAAACACACGGACGACUCGCUGGUCUUUGAUGCCUUUAGGAGUCACGAUUUCACUCCUCUGGACUCCUCUGCCGUUUACGUGUUGAGCAGCAUGGCCAGACGGCGACGUGCCUCCCAGUCCAGCGGAGGAGCUGCUUCUCCGGACAGAGACGCGCUACAUGGUAGAGACACCCACAGUCCCAGCAACUCCCGCUCUCCUCAUCAAAAGCCAACCAGGGGCCAUUCUGCCGGAGCACAGGGAGGAAGUAGUGCCCCGGCUGUUAAGUGCAAGCGGCCAAUGAACGCCUUCAUGCUGUUCGCCAAGAAGUUCAGGGUGGAGUACACGCAGAUGUACCCGGGCAAGGACAACAGAGCGAUCAGCGUCCUGCUCGGCGAGCACUGGAAGAAAAUGCGAAGUGAGGAGCGGCGGGCGUUCACCCUACAGGCCAAAGCCCUCGCAGACGAACAGAAAAGACUCAACCCAGACUGCUGGAAACGCAAACGAACCAACUCUGGUUGUCAGGGAAAUUAAGGCUUCGGGGAUGAAAAGAGGACACACACACACACACGCAUAUUACACAGCGACGAAGAAGAGAAAACCGCGCUGAACCUAAUACUUUGCUUUGAUAUUAGAUUUGAUUAACAACAGACUGGCCUUGAUCUCCCAAAGCGAGGAUUUGCUUCUGCUUUUCAAAGCACAAACCUCGUCUCAGUCAAAACGAGCAGCAGCGUCUGCUUUCAGAAAUUGUCACUCUCCUCUCACUUGCUUUUAGAUUGCGCUGAUUGUUGAGAGGAAAACAUUUUUAUAUGGUGAAUUCAACAAAGUGUCACAUUUCCAAACCAGAUGAAGAUCAGCAGGGUUCUGGCUACGACAGAAAUGUGACCGUUAUAUUAAAUCAAAUAAGUCUGGUGAUUUUCAGUCUGUCAUAUGCUUGGGUGGGCGUUGUGGUGCUGUAGCAUUUUAGUCGAAAAUGUAGCUAUUUUCCCCAAAUUAUACUUUAUAUACAAAGAAAUAUACAAAAUAUUUGCUUGCAUUUUUUACUUGUAUUUGCACUUGGUGUAAUUUUACCAAAGUUAACAUUUUAACUUUGUUUUCAUGUAAUUCAUCCUGGAAAAUGUAAUUAUUAAAUUAGAAUGACUCUCGUACCUCCUCCAAGGACAAAAUCCUGCACCAAAUCUGUUAUGUUUGUUGGGACAUGGUUCUCAAACUAUUGAAGAGCUGAAACAACUACUACACCCUAUGAAACCACAUUUGAAUCCUGUAGGUUCAGAUUUUUCAUUGGAUCUGAUCCAAAUUUAACAAACUCAGACAUAUCAGUCAGAGUCCCUUUGUCCAGAUCUGCAAAAAAAUUGAAUUGACUUCCACCAAAUUGGACAAAUGGACUUUGGCAGUCCACAUAACCUCCUUGGCAAAGGUAGCAGGAGUACAUCACAAAUCCUCAACAGGCUGUAUUUACCUCAACUAAACAAAUAAUCAAGCCUUAAAAUACAGACAGUUUAAUCAGUGUAAAUGUUUUUGUCAAAUGAAUCUCCAUCUAGACCUGAUCUGUUUUUAGUUUUUAACAUUGAAAACAUUUCACAAUUCAGAAUGCCUUUACUUCCUUUAGAAGGCUUUUAUUUUGAAAAAGGAGUUUCCUAUGCAGUGUAAUGAGAGAAUGAUUAUGCUAAUCCACAAUCCCCAUUAUAGUACAGGUUUCAUUAACAUCAUUAAUAACCUCCGUUUGGUUGUUAUUUGUAGGAUUUGCAAUAAUUAACAAAGUAAAUACCUUAACAGGAGAGUAAAUUGCUGUUAGAUCUGCAUACAGGAACUGCUGAGACCCUGGAUCCUCAGCAGCUGUAUGUUACUGCUUUUGAUUUUGACAUCCCAUUGUGCCAUAAUAACAUGUUUUCACUGUGUUCUGCCAAAGUGUCUUUGUGUAUAAUCAAACACAUAAAUGCAGGAGAGGGUUCAUGUUACUCACAGAUUUAUAAAAAGCUUGUUUAGGAAAAUAUUUUCUACCAUAGUCAGACUGGGAUCAUUUUUUCUCCAGAAAAACAACUUUGACUUCAGUGUAAAAAUAGAUCAUUUCAAAUUUAUCUAAGCUGUUGUGGUCACAAAAAUAUUUUGGGGGGAACAGGCUCACCAUAAAAGUGUUCUGCAUUUGUCAUAUUUAAAAAGAAACCUUUUUUUUGUGUAUUUUAAUCGGAGUGUUUGGAUUUUUUGGGGUUAGAAACGCAACAGACAGGAUUCUCUUCCCUGGGCUCAGCAAUCUCACUCUCUUUUGUUAAACGAUGGAGGGGAGUGUUGCUCUCAGAGCCCAGAGGAGUUACGAUACAAAGAGUUUCAAAAAGACACAGUUGAGGAGCUGUUGCAAUAAUUAAAGAUAAUACGACGAGGAAACCCAGGGCCCUCAAGGACUACCUGGAUAUUGAAAACUAAGACCCAGGACUAAGAAAGCUAAAACAUGUACAAUGUUCCCUUUAAUAAAAACCCAGCAUUGUUAAAGGGAUAAUACAUGCUCCUCAAAUACUGAGUCGAUACUCUCAAACCUGGUGUGAGGCUUUAGGAACAUGGUGUGACUGUGUGAAUCUCUGUGUGCUGACCUUCAUGUGUGAAGGCAGGAAUCUGCUUCAAUCAUAGACUCUAUAUAAAGAUGGACGACAUAAUGGCUCCCCAAAAGUGAAAACCAAAGCGUCUAGAUUGCCCCCUGGUGGCUGGCUGCAGUAUGUCAUAAGCCAUGCCUCCGCCAUGUUAGUGGAUGGGACAUGAGACAAACUAAAAAGUCAAGGCAGUUUCUGUCACUGAUGUGCGUUGUUUUCAUCACUUAAUUGAUGCUAUGAAAACAAGGUGAAACUGGUUUAGAAAGACGUCAGAAGCACAAAGUGGCAGCACCCGUAGCCCAGAUGUUUGACGUCCAUCUUUUUUAACAGUGUCUGAUUUCAAUGCUUGAAAUUUUUACAGAAAAAAAAAAAAGAAAUGAAAAUAUUUCCAGAAUAUUUCCAGCGCUCACACUCUCACUGCAUAACGAGGUUUAUUCUUAAUGCACUAUAUACACUUUAUCUUAUGUGACUGCAACAGUAUCACGUGUAAUGACAAAUAUUAAUAUGACUAUAUACAGAAAUAUAUAUAUUUUUUGGUUCUGACUUAAUCUUUGUUACGCUUUCAUGGUUGUGCAUUGAUUAUUUGACUUUUGUAUGUCGUUGCGAUCAUGUCGUGUACAGGUCCAUCAGGGGAGACAAUGCAAUAUAUUGUAUGAUAGUAUAAAUAAAAGC